AUGAACUCUUUCCUGGAGUACCUGUCGCGGGGCGGGGACAGCUUGAGUUUAGCCGGGAAGUUUAGCAGCGCGGAGCCCGGCAGCGUGGCUUUGCGGUCGCCCUGCGCCCUGUCAGCCGGUGCUGUGGACGGCGUUUAUCCGGGUCCACCUCCUCCUCCUCCCGUGGGUAGCUUGCCGGACUUCUCCAAGCGCUUGGCGCCUCCCCGCCAGGCGCCCCGGCUCCAGCCGCAACAGCUGGCACCUUGCGCGCUUCCCUCGCAUCUUUUCCCAUCAGCCGAGUUCAACCUGCUCCGUCCCGAGGCGCCCUACGCGGGGCCGGAGGAGAGCGCGCCGUUGCAUUACGCCACGUCCAUUUUCCCGGGCGGCGGCGGCGGAGGAGGCGGCGGCAGCGGCGGAGCCUACCUGCAAAUGGACUACACCGCGCUGGCCGAGACUUUUCAGCCUUGCCCCAAGGAUGCGCUGCUGCGGCCGCCCCCGCCCCCGGACUUCUGCCCCAAGGCCGGCGGCCAAGCGUCGGUCAGCACUUUCGACUGGAUGAAAGUCAAGAGGAACGCACCCCCUAAAAGUAAGUGCCGGGGCUUCGUCAACGCCUGCCCGGUGGGUAAACCCGCAGCUUGUGGGUCUUCCAGUCUUCCCAGUGUGGUGAGAACCAAUUUCAGCACUAAGCAACUGACCGAAUUGGAGAAAGAGUUCCAUUUCAAUAAGUACCUCACCAGAGCCCGGCGUGUGGAAAUAGCAAAGUCUCUGGGCCUCAAUGACACUCAAGUGAAAAUCUGGUUCAAAAUCGGAGGAUGA